AUGAACAUGCCACAGUCCUCGAGUACCAACCAAUGUAACGGGCAGCCGUGCUGCGGUCAGUCGCGGUGUCCCACCUCCUUCUGCUCGCCCCAAGUCACAACCGGGUGCACGCCUCCUCGAAAUGUUACUGGAAUACUGAUGCCAACAAUCGCAGGAGGCAGGCAUAUGUGUCUAAAACCUAGCCUCUCCUGCGGUGUCUACGGUAAUCCUCAACCCUGCCAGUCGGAGAAACUGGAGGAGUGCCAGGUAGAGGAGAAGAAACCGGCAAAAAAGGAGUCCCCACCUCCACCCCCACCGGUAAAAGACCCAUGUGCACCUGCAAAGCGUCUGGAUCCCUGUCCCCCCAAGUAUCCUGGGCUGGAAAAAUGUGGGGCCAAUCGACCUCCACAGACGCAGCAGAAGGCUUCACCCUCCAGGAAGGAGUGUCCUCCACCCAAGCCUGCCGCAGCCUCAAGAGAAAGGUGUCCCCCUGCUCAGCCUAUGCAACCGGUAGCCAGAGACAAUUGCGCACCCCAGAAGAGUACUGCGAGUUACAACUGUUCUCCUCAACGCAAUGCUGCAAAAGGAGGAAAACGAAACGUCGGUGCACUAAGAGAAUGCGCCACACCCGAACGCGCAUCCCCGACUCGUUCAUCGAUUGCGGAAUCCCCUAUUAGCCCAAUGAACCGCGUCUGUUCCCCUCCCAACUAUCAGGUUUGUGCCCCACCACAAGCCGAAGAUCCGAGGGUGAAUAAGACCUGCCCCCCCACCACUUACGUGCCCCAAAUGGACUACUGUGCUGACAACACGAGGGAUAAUCGGCAGAGUCCAAUGAAUUCGGAGUGUAUGAUCGCUACACCGCCACCUCCGGAUAUGCGGUGUAUCACGGAGGAAGUGAAUAGGAGGAUAAUGCAGUUGGGAAAGGAGUGUUCGGCAAACUCGGGAAUGCCAAAAACCCCUGUGAAUAAGCCACAACACGCCUGCGAAGCGUAUGCGUCGGGAGCUGCUGCGUGUUCGGAGCCUCAGCCUGCACCUCGAAUGUGCCAGCAGAUGGCGGAGAGACAGACGCCAACCAACAACCAAUGCCAAUCGCAACCACCAGCCAACUGUGCCCCGCAGCGACCACAGCCGCCGAACCAGUGGGGGAUGGACAAUUGUUCACCCCAACGAACACCCAAUCGGAGUCCCCCAUCAAGAACUAACAAUAACAUACAGCACGAGGACGAUAACGGCGUGAUGGAUAACUCGUACUGCCAGAAUUAG